UUGACUCAAUAUACAAAUAGGGUUAACAAUAGCAUAUAAACCCUAGCUAUUUAAUCCUUGCCUCCCUUUCGUUAAUUUGCUAGCGGAGCUUCAACGUAUCCUCAGCUUGCGUUCUAGGGUUUUCGUUCAUCAACAAAAUGGUUCUACCGAACGACGUCGAUUUGUUGAACCCUCCUGCCGAGCUCGAGAAGAAGAAGCACAAGCUCAAGCGUCUCGUGCAGUCUCCCAACUCUUUCUUCAUGGAUGUCAAGUGCCAAGGCUGCUUUAACAUAACAACUGUGUUCAGUCACUCCCAGACAGUUGUGGUGUGUGGGAACUGCCAGACAGUGUUGUGCCAGCCAACUGGUGGGCGUGCCAGGCUCACUGAGGGAUGCUCUUUCAGGAGAAAGGGUGACUAAUAACAGACUGUUGUCCUGUUUCUGUUUGAAGUUUAAUGGGGAACUGAUAUGCCUGAAUUUUGAGUUCUGAUAGAAAUUUAGUUUGUUUUAAGACUCAUGUUUCGGAUUUGCGAUGUUUUAAAUUAUGCAUCUCACAGAUUAUGUUAUUGAAUGAAAGAUUCAGUUUUUACUAGCACAUGCCUCUGUAGCUACUUGAUUGUAGUUCAGUUGGAUUUAA